AUGGCCAAAUCCAUCCACCAUGCUAGAGUUCUCAUCAAGCAAAGGCACAUCAGGGUGGGAAGGCAAGUGGUGAAUGUUCCAUCAUUCAUGGUGCGUGUUGACUCCCAGAAGCAUAUUGACUUUUCUCUCACCAGUCCCUUUGGAGGCGGGCGACCUGGCAGAGUCAAGCGAAAGAACCAAAAGGCGGCUGCCAAGAAGGCGUCAGGUGGGGACGCUGACGAGGAUGAUGAAGAGUGAUGACAUGUCAUCAUGUUUCAUCUUUUUACUAUCUUGUCAACAUGGUUUAAUUUGAUAUUUUUCAGAACCUCUAAACAUAGCAAGUUUUUUAUUUGAUAAUAUGGAUAUUAUGCAAUCAAGUAAGUGUCUCAAGGGUGACGAAACAUUAAAACUUUAUGCUUAUUUUUGUGACAUUGUUUUUAUUAAUCAAGUAAACCUAAAGCCAAG